GACGGCGGAAGAAGAGAGGAGGCUCCUCUCGUGUCAACAUAAGGGAGAUGCCUGACAGCUACAUCAUCUGUAAUACUCUUAACCGUACCACUCUGGGUUUACUUUGAAGUUAUUUUAUUUCCUCUAAGAUCUGAUAAAUAUAUUUGGAAAGCAAGCUAACCAUAGCAACCAACCAAACGCAAAAAUGAACGGAGCGGCGUUCCCUUCCCCCACGGCAGAAAUUGCGGAGAUGAACCGUAUCCAGUAUGAGAUGGAGUACACCGAAGGGAUCAGCCAGAGGAUGCGGAUCCCUGAGAUGCUCAAAAUGGGUCACCACGGCCACGAGGAUCCUAAUUUUGGAUCUCAGGAGGUCCCACACAGUGUCACAAUGCAAGUCCCAGAGAGAAUUGUGAUUUCAGGAGACAGUAAUGACCCCCAGUUCCCCAGACCCAGAGACCUGGACCUGAUCCAGUCCACACCACUAGAAAGCCUAUCUCUGAAGACCCCACCCAGAGUCCUGACCCUCAGUGAUCGGCCUCUUGACUUCCUGGAGGAAGAGGAGGAGGAGGAGCAGCAGCAGCAGCAGCAGCAGAGAGCAGCUCCAGACACUGAGGAGCUGCUGCGGCCACAAGCACGAGUACGUCGGGAACGAUCAGCCAGCGAGAACGCCUCGGCCCGUCACAACACUCAGAUGAUGCGCAGCGAUUCUGCCGCGACCCCCUCCCCCCCUCCCACCGCCCACCCUUUGCCCCCUCUCACCGCGGCCGAAGAGGAACACAACCUGUACAGCGCUAGCGGUGUUCUCUCUUUCCUCCAGUCCACGACACGCCGGGCCUACCAGCAGGUCCUGGAGGUCCUGGACGAAAACCCCAGCAGCAAACCAUCACUGCGAGGGGGGGCGGCCUCGAGCUCCAACCCCCUGCAGGACUCCAGGCUUGCACUAUCAACACUUGACUCUUCAAUGGAUGCGGGCCCUGAUGACAUGACUGUGGUCGAUGCGACAACGCUGCGACGUCAGCUCAUCAAGUUGAACCGGAGACUGCAGCAUCUGGAGGAGGAGAACAAGGAGCGUGCGAAGCGAGAGAUGAUCCUGUACUCCGUCACCGUGGCUUUCUGGCUGGUCAACACCUGGGUGUGGUUGAGACGUUAGAGCUGCGUUUCCUCCGUCACCGUGACAGAAGAACGUACCAUCCCUUACUCUGUGUCAAAUAUUAGCUAUACUCGCUGCACUCAGUCCCUGUGUGAGGACAUCCCACAUGUACACGGCUUGCUCCACACAGGGCCUACUCUUUUUUUUAAUUUGGUUUAUUUAAUACAUGUACAGUUUUAUUUUUUUACGCUUAUGUCAUCCUGUCCCAUGUUAUCCUAUGUUGUCCUAUGUUUUGUUUUUAUUACAAAUCUGUUCGCUCAACGCUAAAGCAUGACUUGUUGUAAAUAUUUGUCCAUGUCACCAAGAGAAAUAAGUCAUUCAGAGAUAGAGUAAAGCAUAGUUUACCAACAUAUGUACAAUGGCGCUUCAGUGUGGGGGUGUAAACAUGUUGGAUAUUUAUUGGGGAGAGAGUAAUAUGUGACCUGAACUGGGAAAUGUAAAACAAUUUAGUAAAACCAUACGUAUAA